AUGAUUGUAGAGAAUAAGCGGAAAUCUGAUGACUUGUUGGAAAGUUCCCUUUCCAAAACCAAGAGAAUUGACAAACAGAAGUGCUCAGAUUUGAUUGUCCUGGGCCUCCCUUGGAAGACAACAGAAUCAGAACUCCGUCAGUACUUUGAAGGCUAUGGAGAGGUGCUCAUGGCACAGGUAAAAAAGGAUCCAAAAACUGGAAACUCCAAGGGAUUUGGCUUUAUUCGAUUUGCAACAUAUGAUGCACAGACAAGAGUUUUGUCCCAGAGACAUAUGAUUGAUGGUCGCUGGUGUGAUGUGAAGAUCCCCAAUUCUAAGGAUAGUGUACAUCAAGCCCAAGUACCCUGCAAGGUAUUCGUGGGCCGGUGCACAGAAGACAUGACAGCAGAAGAUCUUAGAGAGUACUUUGCAAAAUUUGGAGAGGUGACAGAUGUGUUCAUCCCAAAGCCUUUCCGGGCAUUUGCUUUUGUCACAUUUGCUGAUCCAGAGAUGGCACAGAGUCUGUGUGGGGAAGAUCACAUCAUCAAGGGGAUCUCAGUGCACGUGAGUAGUGCUGCACCCAAGACAGACCCCUCUAGAGGACCGUGGGGUAGGGGCCCAGGACGCGUGGACCUGGGAAUCCGAGGGGGACAAUGGGCUGCAACACCAGGAGCUAAUCAUGGUGGCAGAGGCGACCUUCCCAAUUUGGCUGCUUUAGGAAAUUCAUUGGCUGGACUGUCAGGUGGUGGUCCAGGACCUGCUUCUCAACCAGGAGCAGGUGGAUCAAAUCCUGGAGGGAUGGGAAUGGGUCCAUUGAAUCUCACAGGCCUUCCUCCCAGCAUGAGCUCUGCCAUUGCAGCUGCUGUACUCAAUCAGGCCGGCUGGGGGCUUUUCUCAAAUCUGGGUGGGCAAGGUGGUGGAGGUCCAUCUGGAGAUCAGGGAUAUCAAGGCUACGGAUCUUAUGGACCUCCCAGUGGAGGUGGCUAUCAGAAUCAGCCUCCACCUCCUCAGUCUCAUUCACAUGGAGGAGGAGGUGGAUUCAUGGGAUGGGGAGGGGGUGCAACUGGAGAUGCUCCCCCACCAUCUCAUGGUGGCCCCUCUUGGACUCAGGCACAGCCAAGACCUGCUCCAAAACCAGAUGCUCCUGCGUUCCGAGCCUAUGAUAUGUGAUCCCCAUAUUGGUGAGAUAAGAGAGCGCGAAAGAGAGUGUGUGGAAAUAUCACCAGCUUGAUCAGUCCACCCAAGAUGAGAUAGAUCUUUUUCUGUCCUUAUGGAGGCAAAGCAAAGAAGGAAAUUGCAUGUAUCAUCUAAAAGUUAGGUUCAUUCUGGGUUGGGUCUUCAAUUUUUUUUUUAAUGAGAUAUCUAACUGCUCUAUAUGUGAGUGUGUGUCUGUCUUUGUGGUAAAUGAGAGUGUUCGUUUGUGUAGUUGGUUUGAUCCUUAGGAUUGCAUGUCUUGACGUCGCCUGAACAUAUUUGAUGUUUGCUGUAGCAAGUAGGCAUCUUCACAAAUGACCUCCAAUUGGUUCAUGUGUGUUUUUUUUCUCUCUCUCCUCUCGUGUGUUGGGUGGUAUGGCCCUUCUUUUUCACCCUGAGAUAUUCUUUGUUGGCUGUUGACUGAAUCCAUGCUAUGCUCAUGCAAAGAACGAAUGGAGAAAGAGCGCGCGACCGAUUGUACGUACUGUAUGAACGAUUGAGGAGGGGUCCCAUUGUGGACCCCCAAUCAGCUCUAGUCCCCAUGGAAUGCAAAGAAACGGACGGAAGGUUGGACGCUUGUGUGCAAAUGCAUGCUGCUGGGCAGCAUUUAUUAGAAACAAAAAAUACAAAGAUCUAUCCAUCAUGGAAACAGAGAGAGAGUGAGCGAUUGAGAGAGAGAGAGAGAGAGAGAAAGAAAAAGAAAGCAAGAUGGAUGAGAUUGAAUUGAAAGCAGGCUGGAAAAGUACAACAGCAUGACUGCAUGCAUGGCAUGUUCAGAAAUUGAAACAAAGGGAAAGAUUUCAAUGUUUCCUUGGCAGAGUUUAAGGCAGAAACUAUUUUUUAUUCACAUCUUGAAAAAGCCCUCCAAAAGAAAAUAAAAUGGUUAUUUGAAAAGAAA